UAAAAUUCAGCCAUUGCUAAAUAACGUGUCACGAAUAGUGUCACGCUAAAAACUUACAAGAUGUCUGCAGCAAGACCCUUAGUAUCUGUCUAUAAUGAGAAGGGAGAGAAAACUGGCACCAACGUUGCUUUACCAGCAGUGUUUAAAGCUCCAGUCAGACCUGAUGUCGUCAACUUCGUUCAUUUUGAAAUGAUGAAGAACACCAGACAACCAUAUGCUGUAUCCCAAAAAGCAGGUCACCAAACUUCUGCUGAAUCCUGGGGAACUGGAAGAGCUGUUGCUCGUAUUCCCCGUGUUCGUGGAGGUGGUACUCACCGAUCAGGUCAGGGUGCCUUCGGUAACAUGUGUCGAGGUGGUCGAAUGUUCGCUCCAACUAAGACCUGGAGAAGAUGGCACCGAAAGAUUAACACCACCCAGAAGAGAUAUGCCAUCUGUUCUGCUGUGGCUGCUACUGGAGUCCCUGCUCUUAUCAUGUCUAAAGGACACAGAAUUGAAGAAACCCCUGAGAUACCAUUGGUUGUCUCGGACAAGGUAGAAGAAUUCAAGAGAACUAAAGAAGCUGUACAACUCAUGAAAAAACUGAAUGCUUGGAUUGAUAUUCAAAAGGUAUAUGCAUCAAAACGUAUGAGGCCAGGUAAAGGUAAAUUGAGGAACAGAAGACAAAUGAUGCGUAAAGGUCCACUCAUUGUAUUCAAUAAAAAUAAUGGUAUCUGCAGAGCUUUUAGAAACAUCCCAGGUGUUAAUCUAUUAGAUGUAUCAAGAUUGAAUUUAUUGAAAGUAGCACCUGGAGGCCAUGUUGGACGAUUUACUAUCUGGACUGAGGGCGCUUUUAAAGCUUUAGACGGUCUUUAUGGUACAUGGAAAAAAGCUUCAACUGAGAAAAAUCAUUUCAAUUUACCAGCAACUAAAAUGACUAAUACUGAUUUACUAAGAUUGUUGAGAAGUGAUGAGAUCACCUCAGUUGUAAGACCAGCUAUCCAUGAUCGUAAACGAAGAACUUUGAAAAAGAAUCCUCUUAAAAACCGAUCGGUUAUGAUUCGUCUGAAUCCCUAUGCUAAAGUUCAACAUAAAUUACAAGAGAAGCGCGAGAAGGAUAGAACUAAUUUAUUGAAUAAAAAACGUGGGCUUCCUCCAGUGCAAGAGGCACCCAAGUCUAAGAGUAUCCAAAGGAAUGCUGCUAAAAGAAAGGCAUGGCUGUCCAAGAAGGGCUUGAAGAAGCAGAAGGCUCCAAAAGCCAAACCUGCUAAACCAGCAAAGAAGGGCAAAGCUGGAAAAGGCAAAAAACCUGAUCCAGUCAAAGCCAGAAAAUAAACAUGUUGUUCUUCAAGAAUAAACUCUGAAAGAUAGCCUUGUUUUAUUUUCUAUUAAAAUUUUCAGAUUUAU